GAGGGAGAAGGAAACUGCAGCACGACUCCGACCGGUUGGAGUUGGCAAAAUGAGGUGCAAAUAGCAGCACCAGCCGCUAGAAACUCGAGCAGCUGACUGAGCUGACAGAGCAGCAAGUUGGAACAUUUUAUUGAUUUAAUAGAAUUGGUUCCUUUUUUGAAGCGGUAAUUUUCUUUUUUAAUACUUCUAUUCGCAGCCAGGUCCAGGCAGAACAAAUAUUCGAUUAUUGAUCUUCACCGUUGGAGAACUAUGAAACCGCAACAAUCGCGAGGACGAAGCAAAGUCGGCCAGCAACAAUUCGUCCAUUCUGGCCCGGUCAGUGAUGGUGACGUUGGUUCCAUUUACCCGCAACCUGGAUUAGAGACUUACGCCAUGGCCGCUGGUUCUCCAGUCUUAGGCUCCCAGCCACCCAUGAUGGGGAUGAACAAUGGAACUCCUCUAGCCUACCAGACCUCUCAUAUCAGCGCAGAUGGAGGAGCACCUUCCCAGCCUAUCCAACCUUCGCAGCCACGCCAACCAGUGGGGGCCGUUUCUGUUAGUAGACCCCAGAACGGUGCAGGAGCCCUUCCAGCCCUUCCGUCGAAAACGCCUGUGUCUGUCCUGCAGGAGCUCUUGAGCCGUCGUGGAACUACCCCCAAGUAUGAGCUGGUGCAGAUCGAGGGUGCCAUUCAUGAGCCAACCUUCCGCUACCGUGUCACUGUUGGAGAAAUCAUUGCUGUUGGCACUGGCCGCUCCAAGAAAGAAGCCAAACAUGCUGCUGCCAAGGCUAUUCUGGACAAACUGGUCGGCAUCAGUGACAAUCCUCUUCCUGGUGGAGGCCCAGUCCCCAGCAACAACAACAUUCCUGACGUCACGAGCCAGAUGGUGUCUCCGUUUGACGACACAAUCCCAGGAAACCCAAUCGGCACUUUGCAGGAAAUGUGCAUGUCUCGUCGCUGGCCUCCGCCAGUGUACGAUCUCAAGUCUGAAAAAGGACUUCCUCAUGAGCGCCUCUUCACCAUAGCGUGCAGUGUCUUCAAAAACAUUGAAACUGGAACUGGCAAGUCAAAGAAGUUAGCCAAGCGUCAGGCAGCCCACAAGAUGUGGCUCAAGUUGAAGGACUUGCCAGUUGAGCAGCCAAAUGCAAAUCUUGGCUUGGAAGAUGAUGACGAGAUUGCCCAAAGAUCCUCUUCAGGCUCCCACUAUGCUGAACUAAAAGAUAGUAAAAUUGCCACUUUGACUCCGCCUCAUAGUCAAAAGGUGUCCAUGUUUCACAAAUCUCUCAAAUCAUCUUCAGGCGCAAAACUGAAUGAACUUCAGGUUAGCACACCUCUUGCCAGCGAUGCAAACUUUAACUACGUUAAGUUUCUCCAAGAGAUAUCCCACGAGCAACAGUUUGAAGUCACCUUUGUGGACGUAGAGGAGAAGGCCAAAUCAGGAGCAGUCCAGUGCUUGGUUCAACUGUCAACCCUGCCUGUCGCUGUCUGCUAUGGAUCAGGACCAACUCAGAAGGAUGCACAGGCUGCUGCUGCCCGCAAUGCGCUCGAAUAUCUGAAGAUCAUGACUAAAAAAUGAAUAUUUUACAUAUUGUUUUUGUGUGUACACUAAUGAACAGCAAGCUGUUGACUUGACUUAUUGGUCAAUUGACACAUCGCUGCAAUCAUGCCAAGUUUGCCACUUCGGCUUAGGUCACUUUUUGACUAAUUAUUUUCAAAAGAUCCCUCUAUCUGAGCAUAGGGUCUUUUGGAGGAGUCAUGGGUGGCCUGGACAUAAGUUUUCCUACAAACUAUACUUUGCAUGGAAUUAGUGAAUUUUUUCCCUGUUUACUGAAAUGUCAUAAUCUCACACCUAAAAAUUCCAAAACAGUUUUACCCUGCAGAAAAACUAAUAGAUGUUGCUGUGAAAAAUUCUAUCUUGUCAUUGUAACAGCAUUUUGGGCAUUCUAGAGAAAAUCAUGUACCACAUUAAUCAAAUGAGUUUCAAGCCAUUUUUCUGAUGCAUUGACAAUUCUGCUGGGUUGCCAGUAGGAAAAUUAGCAUUAUUUUAAUGCAAAGUAUAGAUGUUGUAAUUUUUAACCUUAAAAUAUCAAGCUUAAAUAGCACGCACUACGCAAUAUUUAGAGGAAAAAAUAGGUUGUUAUUUACUAGGACUAGGAAUCAUGAAUAAAAUCCUUUUGACUGAAUAA